CCAGUCGUACACCGGCUGUUGAAUCAAUCCCCUCUAUUAUUUAAAUACAACGGUUUAUUUAUUUAAUUGAUUUAAUAUGCGUAAGGUACCGAGGAUAACGAGAUCCUUGCGAUCAUUCACUACUUUGGAUAGACAGGAUAGACUUGUUGCUGAUGCCAAUGAUCUUGCCGCUAAGGAAGUCGAGGUGCAAAAUCAUCGCAAGGGAGAAAAUGAGUGGCAGGUACUCUGUAAGGGAUUUCCUGCGGAUGUUCAAGAACGAUUGUCAGAAGUGCAUCAGCUGGUUGGAAUGUGCUGCAAUGACCUGUGUUCCAAUACAUCGACAAUUAUCGAUCAGCUCUCCCUUGACAUCGUUCGUCACCUGAUAGUCCUGAAGGGCUCCGCAUCAACCAAGGACUUCCUGAAAAUAAAAGAUCUUCUGGGAACGGCAGAUGUAAAAGCAGUUCGAAAGAUACUGGACGCAGUGUCGCUGAUCCAGUGUAUCCUCACAGAGGAGGAGCUAUCCCUCUUCGAUCCUCUGGCCGAGGACUCCCUGAAAGCAAAAGCCUUUGGCUCAGAAAUUCCCUACAAUCCAAUGACUCGUUGUUCCACAGAGGAGACACUCCUGCUCUCCAAUAUGAGCCAAGCUGCCUCGAUAACUGCACCGACGAAAUUCACAAUGAUCUACAGAGGUGAUCAGCCGAAAACCAACGAUUUUCACCAGAAAGACUUCCUCAGGUACCUGAAUGACUCCCACAAGAGUUACUCAACGGCGACGUUCGAGCAAUUUUGCUCGAUGAUCGAGAGUUGCCUAAAGAACUCUAAGACGAAUGCCCAGGGAGAGCUGUACGAUCUCCUGGGGUAUGACCAACUGGAUUUCAUCAGUUACAUUCUGAAGCACCGAGAGAAGGUAGAGAAAUUCUUCACCACCCAGAAGCAGCUGUCGAAGAUCGGUGGACCUGUGAAAACUGAAAAGCGUCCGCAGUUCGGUUGCCAGGUGAUAGUCCAGUCGAAGAAGGAGAAAGAGCUCAUGAAGCAAGUGAGAAAAGAGGAGAAGAAGUACUUAAAGGCCUCCAACAAGUUCGAGCAGAACGGCGAUACAUCUGACGACGACUUCGACCCCUUGAUUCUGAGACUAAAACGCCAGCAGGCUCUUCAAGCCACCCAGGCACCAAUUCUAGCUCCAGUCAAGCAGAAAUUCCUCGCAGUGACGAGCAACACUGAGAAAUACCCAUUUGUAUUCGACUGCCAGAAGGACUCCAAGACAAUUCCAGGCUUUAUCUCCGGGCAAAAGCUCAUUCUUCCUGAGAAUGUCAUGAGAAAAGACUCGUCUCUCUGUGAAGAGGUGCAGAUUCCAGUCUCCAGUACUGACCUAAACUUCUCCUACACUCCAAUAAAGAUCUCCAGUCUUGACGAGAUUGGGCAGAUGGCAUUUGCAGGAGUGAAGGAGCUCAACAGAAUCCAGUCGACGGUUUUUAAUGCAGCUUACAACAGUGGGGAGAAUCUUCUGAUUUGUGCACCCACUGGAGCUGGAAAAACUAAUGUUGCUCUUCUCUCAGUACUCCACCAGCUGAAGCUACACCUGGAGAAUGGAGUUCUGAGAAUAAAUGAAUUCAAGAUCGUUUAUAUUGCCCCGAUGAAGGCCCUGGCAGCAGAGAUGACGGCUAGCUUCAACAAACGUCUUGGAUGCCUCGGGGUAAAUGUCAGAGAAUUGACUGGAGACAUGCAGUUGACGAAGACUGAGCUACAGCAGACCCAGAUGAUUGUGACAACUCCAGAGAAGUGGGACGUAGUGACGAGGAAGGGCACUGGGGACAUCGCCCUCACGAGCAUCGUCAAACUCCUGAUUAUCGACGAGGUUCACCUACUCCAUGGGGACAGGGGACCAGUUGUCGAGGCACUCGUCGCGAGGACAUUGAGACAGGUUGAGUCCUCCCAGAGGAUGAUAAGAAUCGUUGGACUGUCAGCGACUCUCCCAAAUUACGUCGACGUUGCCAGAUUUCUCAGGGUGAACCCCAGAAAAGGUCUCUUCUACUUUGACCACAGAUUUCGUCCAGUUCCUCUCAGUCAGACCUUCAUCGGAAUCAAGUCCAUAAAACCAAUGCAACAGAUUCAGGAUAUGGAUCUUGUUUGCUAUCAGCAGGUGGUGGAUAUGGUGAGAAAGGGUCAUCAGGUGAUGGUGUUCGUGCACGCGAGGAAUGCCACUGUUAGAACAGCAACAAAAAUCAAGGAACUUGCCCAGCAGAAUGACACAAUUAAGAUUUUUAAGCCAGAUUCCGACUCAAAGCUGACGCAGAAGGCCUUCACAGGGUCCAGGAAUAAAUCCCUGGGGGAAUUAUUCAGUUAUGGGUUCUCGGUGCAUCAUGCAGGAAUGCUGAGAUCCGACAGGAAUAUGGUGGAAAAGGCAUUUCGUCAGGGCUCGAUAAAAGUUCUAGUCUGCACAUCUACCCUUGCCUGGGGUGUAAAUCUCCCUGCACAUGCAGUAAUAAUCAAAGGGACUGAGAUCUAUGACUCCAAACACGGUUCAUUCAUUGACCUGGGGAUUCUGGACGUUCUCCAGAUAUUUGGACGUGCAGGUAGACCCCAGUUCGAUACCUCUGGACACGCUGUCAUCAUCACGUCCCACAAUAAACUGUCUCAUUACCUCUCGCUACUGACUAAUCAAUUCCCCAUCGAGAGCAGUUUCAUUACUUAUCUCCCUGACAAUCUGAAUGCAGAGAUAGCUCUGGGGACGAUAUCAAAUGUCGAGGAGGCUGUGGAGUGGCUGGGGUACACUUACUUAUUCGUCAGAAUGAAGUUGAAUCCCAUUCCCUAUGGGAUGCUCUAUCAGGACGUCCUUGACGAUCCAAAUCUCGAUAAAAAACGAAGACAACUCAUUGAUACUGCUGCCAAACACUUGGACAAGGCCAAGAUGAUCAGGUACAAUUCAAGAACUGGGGACAUGAGUUCAACUGAUCUAGGCAGAACUUCCAGCCAUUUCUAUCUGAAGUACGAUACAGUGGAAAUAUUUAAUGAGCUCAGCAAGCCUAUUAUGACAGAGGCUGAGAUCCUUGCGAUGUUAUCUCGAGCGCAAGAGUUCGAGCAGCUCAAGGUCCGAGAUGACGAGAUGCAGGAGCUCGAUGACCUCACCAAGGAGUACUGCGAGCUGGUGGCUCAAGGAGGAGCUGAAAAUAUUCAUGGAAAAGUCAAUAUUCUCAUACAGACGUAUUUGUCUAGAGGAAGGGUCUCUGGAUUCUCUCUCAUCUCAGAUCAAGCCUACAUCAUUCAGAACGCUUUAAGGAUCUCUCGAGCUCUAUUCGAUGUUAUGCUGAGGAAGAACAACGCGAUAAUGGCUUCGAGAGUUCUAAAUAUUGCCAAGAUGUUGGAGGCUCAGCAGUGGGACAUGGUCACUCCCCUGAGGCAAUUUUUCUGUCUGGGUCCUGAGAUCAUUCAGAAGAUCGAGGAUAGACAGCUGACUAUUCCCAGGCUAAAUGACAUGAGUGUCCGGGAGAUUGGGGAUUAUUUGAGGAAUCAGAAGUUGGCGGCUCUUGUGAAAAAAUGCUGCAGUGAAUUUCCCUCGAUUGAACUCGACGCAUUCAUUCAGCCCAUCACGAGAACAGUUCUGAGGAUUAAAUUGAGAUUGAAGUCCACUUUCAGGUGGAAUGAUUCAGUGCACGGUAAGAGCUCCGAGGCAUUCUGGAUCUGGAUCGAGGACACUGACACUAAUUAUAUUUAUCAUCAUGAGUACUUCCUAUUGACGAAGAAAAUGGUGAUCAGUGGAGAUGAGCAGGAUCUCGUGAUGACGAUUCCUCUUCCAGAGCCACAUCCCACUCAGUACAUUGUCAAGGCAAUCAGCGAUCGUUGGUUGGGCUGUGAGCAGCUGCUCCCUCUGAAUCCCCAGGACUUGGUUCUUCCAGAUACUCAUCCUCCACACACAGAUCUCCUGGAGCUCCAGCCCCUGCCUGUGUCAUGCCUGAGGAUGCCUGCCUUCGAGAAAUUGUACAACUUUACACAUUUCAAUCCAAUUCAGACACAGAUAUUCCACUGCCUCUAUCACACAGACAACAAUGUCCUGCUGGGUGCUCCCACAGGAUCCGGAAAGACAAUAGCAGCUGAGAUCGCUAUGUUCAGGGUGUUCAGGGAGUAUCCAGAGAGAAAGGUCGUGUAUAUAGCACCACUGAAGGCUCUGGUUCGUGAGAGGAUGAGGGACUGGAGAAUUCGUCUCGAGGAGAAGAUCAAGAAGAGAGUUGUGGAGUUGACUGGUGAUGUUACACCAGACAUCAGGCAGAUUGCCAAGGCUGAUGUCAUCGUAACGACUCCAGAGAAGUGGGAUGGCAUCAGCAGAAGCUGGCAGACGAGGAAUUACGUUAAAAAAGUUGCUUUAAUCAUCAUCGACGAGAUCCAUCUAUUGGGGGAGGACAGGGGACCAGUCCUCGAGGUAAUUGUCUCGAGAACAAAUUUCAUUGCUUCACACACUGAGAAAACUCUCAGGAUUAUUGGCCUCUCGACAGCUCUGGCAAAUGCUGUGGAUCUUGCCAACUGGUUGAACAUCGAAAAAACAGGACUUUACAAUUUCAGACCCUCAGUAAGACCUGUUCCCCUCGAGGUGCACAUCAGUGGCUUUCCUGGCAAGCACUAUUGCCCCAGAAUGGCAACCAUGAAUCGUCCGACCUUUCAAGCAAUCAGACAGCACGCCCCAGCCAGUCCGUCGUUGGUAUUUGUAUCCUCCAGAAGACAAACCAGACUGACAGCUCUCGACCUCAUAGCUUUUCUUGCUGCUGAGGACAAUCCCAAGCAGUGGCUCCACAUGCCUGACGUUGAGAUGGAUAAUAUCCUGGUGAAUAUCAAGGACGUUAACCUGAAGCUGACUCUGGCCUUUGGAAUUGGUUUACAUCAUGCUGGACUCCAGGAUAAGGAUCGACAGACUGUUGAGGAGUUAUUCGUUAACAACAAGAUUCAAGUGUUGAUUACAACAGCAACUCUAGCGUGGGGUGUGAAUUUCCCUGCACAUCUCGUGGUGAUCAAGGGAACAGAGUAUUACGAUGGAAAGACUAAGAGGUACGUUGAUAUGCCCAUCACUGAUGUUCUCCAGAUGAUGGGAAGAGCUGGGAGACCCCAGUUCGAUGACUCUGGAGUGGCUGUUGUUCUCGUUCACGAUAUCAAGAAGAAUUUCUACAAGAAAUUCCUAUAUGAGCCUUUCCCUGUGGAAUCGAGUCUUCUGGAGGUUCUUCCUGAUCACAUCAAUGCUGAAAUCGUCGCUGGAACGAUCGCCUCGAAGCAGCAAUUCCUGGAUUACCUCACGUGGACGUAUUUCUUCAGGAGAUUGAUGAAAAAUCCACAGUAUUAUAACUUGCCUGGGCUGGAACCUGCGAGGAUCAAUCAGUAUCUGUCUACUCUCGUUGAUGGGACUUUAGUGGUUUUAACAGAGUCCCAGUGCGUGGCUUAUGAAGAGGAAGAUCAGAGUCUCGGGCCACUGCCACUUGGCAGAAUUGCUUCGUACUAUUACCUUUCACAUCAGACAAUCAGGCACUUCAGUAAAGAGUUGAAGGAUAAUCUGGGACUGGUUGAGUGCCUGAAGAUCCUCUGCAAUGCUCAUGAAUACAGUGAACUCCCUGUGAGGCAUAAUGAGGAUCUUAUUAAUGAGGAGCUGUCCAAGAAGUGCAGAUACCCUGGGGAGGCCUUUGACUCUCCAAAUACAAAGGCUUUUCUGCUCUUUCAGUGUCACUUCUCCAGGACAAAUCUACCAUGCACUGAUUACACGACUGACUUGAAAUCUAUUUUGGAUCAGGCCAUCAGAAUUUUACAAGCUAUGAUUGAUAUUGUUGCUGAGAGGGGCUGGCUAUCCAGUACUCUAAGAAUCAUGCAGCUGCUGCAGAUGAUUAUCCAGGCUCGGUGGAUCGAUGAAUCAGCUCUGCUCACACUGCCACACGUGGAGAGAGAUAGAUUGAGAGUUUUUGACAGAUUGCCAAGGGCACUGCCAUUUUUUUGUGCUGCUGCUACCAAUAAUGAGAGAGGGAUCCAGAAGGCCUUGAGGGAGGAAUUCAAGGAGCACGAGGUUGGGGAGAUCCUCCAGGUCGCCAGAGCAAUGCCUGUGGUUCAUGUCAGGUUGAGUCUUCAGGGUGAUGAUGACGAGGUGCAGGAAAUUGAGCUGGGGGAGAAAGGGAAGGAGUGUCUGCUGGUGCAUGCCAGUGGGGAAUACACGUUGUUGAUCGAACUGAGGAGAAGCAAUAGUGGAUCUAGGGUCCACAGUCCCAAGUUCCUCAAGGAAAAGGGUGAGGGCUGGUUUGUUGUUGCUGGAGAUGUGAGGGGAAAUGAAGUCUGGGCGAUGAAGAGGACUCCAGGACAGGGGAGGACUCAACUCCAGUUCACAGCUCCACAGUUUCCAGGGAAAACUCGUUUAACAUUCUACCUAAUAUCGGAUUCUUACAUUGGUCUGGACCAGCAGUACGACAUCCCAAUCAACGUAACAACAUGAAGCACAAAUUUCCUUGUGUUUUUUCACGUUAAUUAAAUGCAUAAAUGUAAUAUAAAUAAAGCAGAUCAUUUAUACUCGUUUUGUUGAUAAA